AUGUCGAUUUGUGCAGCCUGGCUCGAGUCCCUCGCAGCCUCAGGGCUGUCUCGCAGUUCACAUUGGCCGCUCCUCCUGCAGGCAGCCCGGUGUGCUAUGGAAGCAGAGCUGCAGGAGUUUUCCGGCAUGGCCUCUCGCCUACGGCGCACCUACGACCGACUCACUGGCCAAAGCCAUGCCAGUCACCAGCAGAGCCUCCAGGACCUCGCCCGGAUAGUCUCCGCCUUGACCCUGGCGGCACCUCGGGGCGUGGAAGGGGAGGCAGCCGCUUUUGCUGCCGCCGGCAGUCUCGCCAAAGCUUUGCGAGCGAAUUCUUCCGAGGAGUCCUGGCGGCGCAUUGCAUGGGCCUGUGCAAGCGCCGGGCACGCGCAGCUGGAUGUUUUUGGAGAUCCUCCUAUCCAGGCAUGCAGUGCCAGCAGCACGGCGGUUUGGAAGGCCCUGGAGCGACGAAUGCAUGUUCUUCCUGAAAGUGUUCUUAGCCAGUCCCCGUUUCCCCUGCUGAAGUUCGAUGGCUGGAUGUCGGAGGAGGAGAAAGACAUCCUCGUUGCCGCAGCCGAUGCUGGAAACCUUUGGCGGGCUUCCCCUUUGGCAGUGCGCAGCAUCACACAUGCAAUCCGAUUGGGUCCGAUCAAGGACAGCUUAACACACAAGCCUGUGAGACGCAUCCUACCCCGCACGGGCUGGACGUUUCACGGCCGCCGCGGGACGCUUCACGAUCUUUCUGACUCUGCCAGUUUUCUGAUACCAUCUGUUUCACGGAGCUAUGGCUUUCAGCGGUUCACGCCCAGCUCUUCGUUGGCCAUGAACAAGUCGUUCGUGACUUAA